AUGAGAACGAAGCAAGCAGACAUUACUGAUCAAACAGAGCAACAAACUUUAGAUGUUUCUUCUAGUAAUAAUCUAAUACAUGUGCAAAGAGAAAAACCUCCGAUUGUCGUUAUCAUCUUUGAUGAAGAUGAAGAUGAAGAUGAGAAAAUCCAAAUAUUCGUUCCACUUACUCUUGAAGAAAAACAAAAACGUGAACAUAUGAAAACGAAAAAUUUCGAGACACAAAUGCAAAUGGAUGCGACGUUUAUUACUAAUAUGGAAAAGUUAAUAAGCGAAAGGAUUGACGAAAAUGGUAAGGAGGUUGAUGUUGCAGAAAUUCAAGGAUGGCUAGAAAAAUAUCGCGAGGGAUCCGUGAAAAAUGUUGCACCCCAAACAAUGAGUGGAGAUAUUAACGAUGCCAUAUUCCCAAUACGAGAAAAAAACUUAAAACAAAUUCUUAGCACACAGCGUGGACGAUUUGCAACUGGUUCUACUGGGUUGAGUAAUUGUGAAGAUUAUGUGCACCGUUGCAGCAAACAUCAAUCUAACAACAAGACCAAACAGGAGAACGAUAACCUCUAUGGUGUAACUACGCCAUCAUUUACACAAGAAGAUGCCAACAAAUAUUUUAGAACUAUUCUCGAAAAUCGAGUAUCACCAUUUGCAAUGGAAGAAUCAAUAACUGUUAGUACGCCGAUUUCUAAUGGUAGAAAUUCUUGGAGAAUGAUCAAAGGAUCAAUUGGACCAGCAACUAGAACGGAAGAAGAAAUGAAACGGCGACUCUCACUUGAGGAUCCAAUGAAAAUGUUGAAACGACGAAACAAAUUGGCAAAAUAUUUUAUAGAAAAAUAUCAUUUUUCAAAAGAAACUUUAGAAACCUAUUUAAAAUUUGCUCAACUGAUGAAGAAAAAUGCUGAUGAACUUAUGGAACUCUGUAUGCAAACAGAAGAAAAAACCUAUUUAACAAUAUGA